CACCAUGGCUGCCCGUAUUUGUCACACGGCAACGAAGCCUGUUCGAUUUUCACGUUUGAAAAUUAAUUUCUCUGCAACUACGGCAUCUAAAAUGUUCGUUUAUGCACCGAAAUAAAGCUGUUUUUUUUGGGAACGGUGUUCGUUUGUGAUUCUUCAAAGCGGGCGUCUUAAAGGGUCGGAAAAUAUUUGGGUGUUGUCGACACAUUUUAAUAUUGUAUUAUUUUGAGUAUGGCGCGCGCGGCACUUUAUUUUUCGAAUGACGCCAAGUUUUGUUUCACCUUUUUCGUUACUUUAAAAAUACGAUACGCGAGUUUUAUCGUCGGAUCGGCCUGCGUGGCGUUUGUCGCUAAUUUUCCCGACCUUAAAAAAAAUGUUCGACGAUUCGAAUGAAUAAAAAUGGCGAAAUUACAAAAUCUAGUGGACGUUUUGGGCCCGUUAAAAUUGAGACAUUUUUGCGGCACGCGUUUUGCCGGAAAUACGAAGGUCCGUUAUUGAUUUUCAAUUUUGAGCGUCGGCUUUACCUACAACGUUAGGCUUUCUGCGGAAACUUUCGAAAUUACACACAAGAUGGCCGAAAUUCUUGUAGUUUUAUUUGGACCCGCUGCUGAUGUUUUCUGUUGAUUGUCGGCCGCGUUUAUUGGUGUUGGGCGAUUUUGCCAACGCGGGUCGCGACCACAAACGGCCGUCAAGAUUAAUUGCACCGAUUUAAAAUUAACCAGUUGUUUAAUAUUUUUCUUUUAGAGGUUAUGAAACGCGUUGCGCUCACUUUUUUUUAAUACGUUAAGAUAGAGAAAUUAUACAAUAUGAAUACAAAAUACUUUUUUUAUGUAUCGUAACAAAUAAAAAUAAAUAUCUAAAAAUUAUAAACAUUAACACAAGUAAAAAUAUUAUAUUUGUCAUAUCGUGGUACAUAUCAAGGUAUAUAACUUUUUAUGUUUUAUUUACUUGUUUUUACUUAUUAAAGUAACAAUAUUUUAAUUUUUUAAAACCCCAUUUUUGUUCAAAUGUGCCCCUGGCAAGGGGCAAAUAAUGCUUACGUUUUCAGUAAUGUUUGGUUUUGUUUCCGUAAAGUAACCGACAAAUUUUAUUCUGUUUGACACUGACAUUGAUGUAAAUUGGCAACUGCCGUUCGGUGGUAUACCAGUAUUAAAAAGGUAUUGGAGGUUAGGAAAGGCAAAUUAUGCGUUCGUAAAUCCAAUAAUUCAAAAUUGCGCCCCUCACCACUAUGCAUGAAUUCAAAUUUUGGCAAGAAAAGAAUAAUAAAUGCCUUAAUUCUAAUAAGUAAUAAUAAAACAAAAUAUUAUUUACCUACCUGUAUUCGUUUCUUGCUUCGGAACGGAAAAUACAUAUUAUGAAAUUUUAAAAAUAAUCAAUUAAAAUCGAACAAAUCAAAAAUUGAUGAACGCAUUUCGUUCGUAAAUUCCCUGUGAUUUACUUAAUCCGAACAUCAAAAUCAGGUACGUAGUUAAACUUUUUAGGCGCUAGGCUAUGUUUUUAUUCCGUGCUCUCUCGACGAAAUAAAUUAUUUUUGCGUUAAGGCCGGAGGGUCUCUUUCUUUUUCUACCCUCUUAGCGGAGGGGUAACUACAUGGAAUUUUUGUGCAAGGUGACGAGAUUAAUAUCUAUUUUUGGUUUUUGCUGUAAACUAUAAUAAUAGCGGUUUUCAGAAUUUGAUUAAUAGUCCCUUUUUGCUUUACAAUUCGUAGGUGGCCGUGAUUGACAAUCGGUUACAGUUUUAUAUAUCCGUCAUAAUCUUGUGGUUCGUAAGCCAUCGACAGGAAAAAGUGCUGCCACGAUAUAAUCAGUCACCUCCCAGGAAUGACCAUAGUUUCAUCAACAAGUGUUAUUAAAUGCUGUUAUAUUCAUCUCGUUGUUUUUCUCUCGUCCCCAGUUUGCCUCCGUUAGUCACCUCGGUUGAAGCAACGCGAAGUUGGCUGUAUCCUUUUUUCUAACUUCCACGGUUGUUAUAAAAUGGAAGGAAUUAAAAUUCCUAGUAGGGAAAAUCCGAAGCAGCUUGGGCGACGCCUCGAUUUUCUCCAGCUUAGGUGCAGGAAUAAUCGAUCAAAGAUGUCGGACGACGCAUCAGCUGCCCCGGCCAAGCGAGGCCGCAAAGCGGCCUCGGACAAGGCCCAAAAGGCAGACAAAGUAGAGAAGGCGGAGACGAAAAAGAGGGGGAAAAAAGAGGCGGCGAAGGAGGAAGAGGAGUCGCCGCCGGCGAAGAGAGGUCGCGGAAGACCGAAGGGCACCACCAAGAAGAAGGCGGCCGUAAAGGCCAAGGCGCCGGCCAAAUCGAGCGGCCGUAGAGGUCGUCCGAAGAAGAAGCAAGAAGAAGAAUCGAAAGAUUCGGAAGAAGACGGCGAGAACGAGGUCGAGGACGACGAAGAGGACGAGUAAAACACUUUAUAGGGACACGCCAACGGCGUUUUGUCUGUAGGAAGGAUUUUUCUGGCGGUCGUCGCAGUUUCUUAUUUAAAAAAAAGUGGACCGCAUUGCGUUUUUGGGUGGAUUUUUAGUGGAGCUCCUUUGUCCCCAUUAGACCCCCGAUAACUUUUCAGGGAUUUUUGGUUUUCGAUUUUUAGAAAUUACGAUGUAUAAAAGUAUAAAUAUAAUUUUUGUAAGAAAGGGUCGGGUCUUUGGGGUCAGCAGUGUGUGCGACGUUUGCGUUCUUAAUUAAAAUAUGGAAGCGUAAUAAUGUUAAGUCUCCUCUUGUAAGAAAAUGAUUUUCU